AUGGCUUAUGCGGCUGCAAUUUCUCUAAAGAGCACAAUUAAGCAACUUAUUAAUUCCCCACGAGUUUCGAUUGUUCCAAAAUCGUUAGAGAUCAUCGAAUAUCUGUGCAACCACCAUAUUCCCGUGUUGCAAAUUGUUCUCCGAAAAUUGGAUGAAAACAUCCACGCCGCCAAUAUGAAGAGGGUGAAUGCUUUGGAUCGACGAAUCAGAGAGGCAAUACACGAAUUCGAAGAUGUACUCGAUUCUCAUGUAUCGGGACAGUUUCUUUCUCAAAAGGAAGAUGAUCAGAAUCCACAUCCAUUGUUAUUCUUCCUAGACCUGCAUGAAAUACAUCAUGUUAUCGAUGAAGAAGAAGAAGAUGAUGAUGGUAUCUGCCCGUCAAGAAUUGAUUUUGGUGAGUCGUCGGAGAUGGUUGGAUUAUCCGAGCUAUUUUCGGAUGUCAAAGCCCGGAUCACGCGAGAGGGCUCGCUACCUGAACACAUGACCAUCUCGUUGAUUGGUAUGGCAGGUAUUGGCCCGAAGUAUACAUUAGAACGUGUCUUGUCGGAUAUUCUAAGACAAGUGAAGACUACUCGCGAAGUUGAUGACGACAAAAUGAUCGUGCUUGUGGGAGAAGAAGGAAAAUUAGCUGCCUUAAAGGGGUUGAUAAUCAAAGGUCUAGAGGAUUGUCGAUACUUUGUCGUGCUCGAUGAUUUAUGGGACAUUAAGCUAUGGUAUCGUGAGUUGGCUGAGUUGUUUAUAUGGCGCGGUGAUGACAGCCGUGUUUUGCUGACAACUAGGAUAGGAGAUGUUGCUAGCAUUUCUGCAGACUGGGGUUUUAAUUACAGAAUGCGCUUCAUGGAUAAUAAAGAAAGUUGGGAUCUUUUUCGUCGCAAGGUGUUUGGUGAUCAACAAGAGUCGUUGCCUUACGAACUCGAGAAAGCUGGAAAGAAGAUCGCCGAAAACUGUGCAGGUCUUCCUCUGACAAUUGUCACUGUGGCCAAUAUCAUGUCUAAAGUUGAUAAGACAACAGAGUACUGGACCGAGGUAGCUGGUGCUCAACGGCAUUCAGUUUUCUUGAACGCAUAUGAUCAAAUGUUGAAGGUACUAUAUCCAAGUUACGACUACUUACCUCAACAUUUGAAACCAAGCUUUCUCUACAUGGGAGUUUUCCCUCAAAACAAUGAGAACCUCCUCCACCUCCUCGACUUGUGGUUUGCUGAGGAAUUUGUUGAAUCGGGAAAUUUUGCUUACAGAUCUUUCGAAGCCAUCCUUACCAGAAGUCUUCUCUUGACAACUCAUACCCUCCAUCCAUCCUUCUGGCACAUGUGUAACAAAGAAGCCUCAAAAAGCAAGUUUUUCCAUGCCUUAAACACCCAACUCGACGUUUUGACAGAAGGUAUAAAACGCCAGCGUCGACUAUGCAUUCAGAACAACAUUUUAUUUGGCAUCAAAGAUGUGUGCGACUCGAUGACAUCCAUUUCAACGGUACGUUCUCUCCUUUGUACCGGCCCGUAUCACCAGUAUCCGGUACCCGUAUGUUUGGAAAAUUUUAGGUUGCUUAGGAUACUGCAUGCUCUAACAAUCCGCUUUUACGAGUUUCCAAUUGAAUUACUGGUGAAACUAGUUCGCCUAAAGUACCUUGCCCUCGUUUGUGACGAAAACCUCCCUGCUUCCAUAUCCAAACUUUGGAACCUUGAGGUAUUGAUUGUCAAUCGGCAUCUGAGUAUCGUAAAAUCUUCCAAGAAUUCUUCAUAUAUGCCAAUGGAGAUAUGGGAUAUGAAACAAUUGACUGAUAUUCAAAUCACGGGAAGAAACCUUCAACAUCCCCGUGAAGGAUCCGUCUUACAAAACCUCACAACACUCUUAGGUGUCGGUCCUCAAAGUUGUAUUAAAGAUGUUUUUGAAAGAAUCCCUAAUUUACUAAAAUUGGGUAUUCAAAUUGAACUUGCUCCGGGCGCUACUCAUGAACCCUUCUGCUUCUUUGAUCAUAUUUCCCAUCUCCACAAACUACAAUUACUUAAGUGUGUCAUUGUGAAUCCUAUACUUCAGAUCAAGAUACCUACUCAUCUUCCAAUCUUUCCAUCAACUCUUAUAGAUUUAACUUUGAGCGGCUUAGGAUAUCCGUGGGAAGAUACGAGCAUGAUUUCAUCAUUGCCAAAUCUCAAAAUACUAAAAUUACAUUGCUAUGCCUUCCACGGCCCAAAGUGGCAAGUUCACAAGAAUGACUUCCGACAGCUUGAAAUGCUUCAAAUUGAAGACACUGACCUAGUGAAUUGGACAGUCGAAGAUCAUCAGUGUCUCGAUAAGCUCAAGUGGCUUGGCAUACGACAUUGCUACAAGUUAGAUGAGAUUCCUCAUGCAUUUGGUGAAGAACUUCAGACCAUUGAAAUAGUCGAUUGCAACCAUCAUGCUAUGGCCAGUGCAAAGCAGUUAAAGAAAGAUUUGGACGGCAAAUAUAAUUGUCGUAGACGCCCACUAGAUCUCACUAUCCAUUCUACAUGGGAUAUAUGACAGCCUGCAUGCAACAAUCUUCCAGGGUAAUAUUGUGAUUCGUAUGCUUAACGCUCUGUUUGGUUUGGAGAAUUUGUAAGAAAUAUGCGUGAAAGACCUCGGAUUUGAAUUUGUACAAUUUUAUAUAACUUCUUUGUGUUUAUGUGCU